AUGAUGCACGCGACAUCACGAGUGACGACAACACCAUGGCGGACAAGAUGAAUUUGCUUGCGUGGAUGCUGUUCACAUGCCACAUUUCCUUGGUGUUUUCAAACGAACUUGCCAGAGGAUGGGGAGAUGGCAUAGCCUGGGUGAAACUAGAUGAUGGACUGACUCAAGCAAAGACAGAAAACAAACCUAUGAUGCUGAUCAUACACAAAAGCUGGUGUGGAGCUUGCAAAUCCUUAAAACCAAAAGUUGAAGAAUCGACAGCUAUUAAGGAGCUUAGUAAAGAGUUUGUUAUGGUCAAUACUGAGGAUGAUGAGGAACCGAGUGACUCUAAAUUUACACCUGAUGGGGGAUACAUUCCAAGAAUCUUUUUCUUAGAUAACAAUGGGGAGGUAUUAAAUGACCAUUACAAUAAGGAUGGUAAUAGCCAGUAUAAGUAUUACUACUACAGUCCUGACCACAUUGUUAAAAGCAUGAAGGCAGUGUUGGAAACAUUAAAAGGUGAUAAUACAGCUACCAACGACGAGUUAUGACGAGAUGGAGUUUAGAUGUAUAAUGUCUAGGACAACUUGAAGGUGUGAAAGGGACUGCUGUAUCAACACUGCUAUGGUGUCUUAGUCGUAAAAUUGAGAAACAUCUUGUGUACAUGAAUCGUGGUGAUUUUGAUAUAUGUAUAUAUUUGAAAUUGUGAUAAUUUGAAUAUAAGAGUUGUAUUUUUUUGAACAAAUGAAUUGAAGCUCUUUGAAAUUAAUGAAAUGUUUUUUUUAUGAAUUGAAUUUUUAAAACAUACAAAUAGAAGCAGGACCUUCGUACUAACUAUUCAAGACUAUGUUCAUGAAUGACAUCAUCUAAGUUUCUUUCACUUUUCACAAGUUUAUGAUAAAUUGUUUUACUUAUUAUUAUUUAGGGCUAAUGAAGUGUUAGAUUUUGCUUGGGAAAUCAGGUUUCAUUGUUUACCAAGCUGUUAAUUAUUUUAAGUACAAAUAACAAUGUCCUUUAUUUCUAUGCAUUUUACAAUGCAAGAUAUAUUUUUGCAAUAAUAAUGCAAGUAUUUAUUUAUCUUUAAGGCUGAUGAAACAAUUUAUCUUUUGCUUCAUGAUGCUUUACUGAUUUACUGUAAUAUAAAAGUUUGUGAGUCAAUGACCACAGUUACAUGUUCUGAAGUAUUGGGGCUAUUUCUGGGUCAACGACCACAGUAAAAUGUACUCAAGUAUUAGGGCUAUUUCUGUCGGAGUCAACGACCACAGUACAUUUGACGUCAAAUUAUGUUAUAAGUAAUAAGGUGCCCAAUAGAACCAGGGCAAUGUGUCGGUUUUUAAUUUACUCUGAUGCAGUAAUACACAGACCAGCAAAAAACAAAUCUCAAUAUUUACUGCAUUUUCAGUGGGUAAUGAUAAAUAGAUGUAUUCAAAUUAACUGCAUUUUAGAUUAUUUAAAGUGGCAAUAUUUUAUGUGACUUGUUUUGAACUGUUUAAUUGACCAAAUUUGUACUAUCAUGGUUUUUGAACUGUGAAUUGUUAAUGGUUUCUAAUUUCGUUAACUUUUUCUAGAAUCCUAAUGAGGACAUUAAAAUCAUAUUUGAUAUUUAUUUAACAACGAAUGUACAUUGUAUGCAUGCUAUGUCAUUGUCAAUCUCAGUGUAAUUUUCAACUAACUGUUUGUCAUGUGUGUUUGUCUAAUUGUCUCCCCUGAUCAAAGUGUCAUAUGUAACAUAUGCUGUAACAUAUUGUAUAAUCAAUCGAGAACUUUCCGCACGUAAACGAGAAAAUACCAUCUGUUGUAAAAUGUGUGGAGUUACUUCCCCUGAACAAAGUGACUAUACUCAAUGUGUCUCCCCAACUAAAAUGACUGAAUGCUUUACCAUAGAGUAAAUGUGCGUCCUUGCUUUAAUUGUCCUUUCUUUGGUAUCUUUAACUUAAAUUGAAAAAUAAAUAUUAUUGAAA